CUGCCGUGCAACGCGUAUUACGACGAUACCAUCCAGCAAUGAUAAUAAUAAAAUAGUGAACGCGUUUCGUUGCUCGGAGGAUGACGUGCGAGCGUCCGCGCGGUUACUCUUCGUUCGCUACGCCAUAAUAUCGUCGUCAUAGUCGUCUAGUGGAAAUAUUGUAACGUCGCCGUCGUUAUUGUUAUAUUUGGACGAUCGCGAUAAUAAUAUCAUUUAAAAUGUAUAAUAAUUUAUUUUCCUAUCGCGAUACACAAAAGUAAUAGUUAUUGUUAACACGGUACGGUUAACCGCCGUCGAGUAUAGUUUUAUUUUGCCAUCGCCAGACGUACUUUAAUAUCCGAUUGUCAUCAUGUCCAGGAAACUCGAGAAAUUCGUCGUGCUGUUCGACAACACCAACCUGUUGUAUUUCCCGGGUCAAUUUCUCAGCGGCAGAGUGUUGGUGGAACUCAAGGACGACACGCAGGCCUUGGGCUUACAUUUCCACGUCAUCGGCGAAGGAGUAGUGCGAUUGAAAAGCAAACGGCGUGAACGGAUUUACGACAAGGAAAACUACAUAGAUUUUAGGAUGAGACUGCUCGGAGAACCGGGACAACCGCCGGUGAUGUUGUCGCCGGGUAUUCACAGUUUUCCGUUUAAACUCGGCCUGCCGCCGGGGCUGCCAUCCACGUUCCUGGGAAAAUCCGGCUGGGUCCAGUACUACUGCAAGGCGGCACUCCGAGAACCCAACUCACUUACACACAAGAACCAACAAGUUUUCAUCGUCAUGAACCCGAUUGAUCUCAACAUGGAGCCAUCCAUUUUAUCUGUAGAACCGUUCCGGUGCGAUAUCGAUCACAAGCUUUCGAAGGCUAUGUGCUUGGGAUCGGGUCUGGUCGAGUGUCAGGUAUGUUUAGACAAGGGUGCCUACGUGCCAGGUGAGACCAUCGAAAUCACGGCCACGGUCACCAACAACAGCAAAGUUACCAUUAAAUCGACCAGAGCUACGUUGACGGAGACCAUUCAAUAUUUUGCCAAGAGUAAAAUAAUACAAUCGGAGACCAGAGAAUUAGCUUCGCUAAAGAGAGAAAAAAUCAGACCUAAUGAAAUGGACCAAUGGCACAAUGAACAACUGUACGUGCCACCACUGCCGCCUACUAACCUCCGUGGGUGUCAUUUAAUAAACAUUCAAUAUGAUAUUUAUUUCAUUAUAUCACCGAAUAACAUGGAAAAGGAUGUAAAACUACAACUUCCUAUUAUGAUGGGUACAUAUCCAUUUAGAACAGAAAAUGGAUCAUUUGAUGGAAAACUUGGGACUCAUUAUCCAUCUACAUUGCCAAUACUAAGACCAUGGUUGGAAGAAAAGACUUUUAAAUGAUUAAAUUAAUUAUUUAAAAUGAUAUGUAUUAGUUAACUAACCAAUUUUCUUAUUAUAUUUUAAACAAAUUAAUAUUAAAUAUACCUAUGUGAAUUUGAAUUAAAUAA